AUGUCGGAAGACACACCUGCACCACCCAUCCAAACAUCAUCUGAGUUCCCCACAGGAUACGGAGACUUCGAAAUUUUAUCUAGUGACAAUGUUGCCUUUUCUUUCCCCAGUGGUAUCUUGGCACAUGUUUCUCCUGUAUUCAAAGAUAUGUUUUCUAUUGGGUCCAAUAAUACGAACCGACAUGAAGCCCUGCGAUUGAAUGAUGACGCUGCCACAAUCAAACAGCUACUUCUGUUCAACGAUCCAUUGAGGGAACCCGUAAGUAUCUCAAAAGAUACAGCGAUUCCCUUCUUAGAAGCGGCAAUGAAGUAUCAAGUAUCAAGGAUGCUUUCUACCUUCGAAAAAUGGGCUCUUAGUAUGGACAAUCAAUCACAUUAUUUGCACAAAGAAGAUAUAAUGAUGAUACUGAGCCUUGCCGAGAAAUACCGUUUGCAAGAACUCGGGAGUGCUGUCAUGUGCCAUGUGAUCAGAGCCAAAAAAGCGGCCAUUUUCUCAAAAAUUCACACUCUCAGCCUCACCACAUCUGUGCAAGUUCUAGAAAACCGAAUAGAAAGAACUGAAUGGCUCGUCAAGAAAUUCCUGGAGUUCAUAAAAGUACCACUGUCUGCAGUGGAGAAGAGACUUGCCGAAAUUAAUGAAAAUCCCCAUUCGCGUUCUUCAAACCCAUCCCCUUGGCAUACUGCUGCUGUACGAGCUACCCGAGACCAGAUCUGUUCUGCCUGCCUUGCAAGGUCACAUGGUCUAAUUUUAAGUGUCAUCACUCGAUUACAUUCUGAGCCGAGCUGGCAGGCGCUCACAUCAGAAACUCAGAAUUUAAAUACAGAAUGCCAAAAAUGCGAAACCAAUUUAUGGGAUAUCAUAACAGGAGGAAACUCUAACGGUGCGACAUUUCCACGAUCAUUUUAUGAUGCACAAUCUCAAUGGAGAGCCUUACGAGAGGAAGUUGCGCGUGUGGAGUCAGAGAAGAUCCCUCUGAAGAGUCUCAUUUGA